UCCGUCGCAUCAUCUUCUCCUUCCGCCUUAAUUGGAUUCGCCCGAAGGUGCCGACUUUUGCUCGCAGAGCCGCUACGGACGAGACCACUCGCGACCCACCGAUUUCAAUAUUCGCCGCCUAUCCCCCUCCUUUACCGGCUGGAUACGUAAUUCAUCCCUCGCUUCUCUCUUUGGAGCCCUUUCAGCUGCGCAGUCAACAUGCACGGAAGGCUGAAGGUGAAGACUACGGAGGAGCAAGCUGAAGCCAAACGCCUUGAGCGGGAGAAGAAACUCCACCAGUAUGUAACCACCACCAAGGCCAUCUUUGAGAAGAGGAAACUGGGGCAGCUGGACAAGGAGGCCUUGGAGCUGGGCAGCAAGGUGCUGGGCGCCAACCCGGAUUUUGCCACGCUCUGGAACUUCCGGCGAGAGAUCUUCCUUCACCUGGAGGAGGAGGAGAGCCCGGAAGAGAUGCAAGCGCUGUGCAAGGCAGAACUCAGUUUCCUGGAAUGCUGCCUGCGGGUGAACCCCAAAUCCUACGGGACGUGGCACCACCGCUGCUGGGUGAUGGAGCACAUGCCCAAGCCAGACUGGGCCCGGGAACUGGAGCUGUGCAGCAAAUUCUUGGAGAUCGAUGAGCGCAACUUUCAUUGCUGGGACUACCGGCGUUUCGUGGUGCAGCAGUCCCAAGUGGUCCCCCAGGACGAGCUGGCGUUCAGCGACAGCCUGAUCACCCGCAACUUCUCCAACUAUUCUUCCUGGCAUUAUCGCAGCCUCCUUCUCCCGCAACUGUACCCCGAUCCCCAGCACCAGGGCCGGAUCACGGAGGAAAUCCUUUUGAAAGAACUUGAGCUGGUGCAAAAUGCUUUCUUCACGGACCCCAAUGACCAGAGCGCUUGGUUCUACCAUCGCUGGCUGCUGGGCAGAGGUGACCCGGAACCCACCAUUCGCUGCAUCUACGUCAACAGGGAACACACCUCCCUGGCCGUGGCCUUCUCCCACCCUGUGGCAGUGGCCCCAGCAUCGCAUGACCUGAUUGUGUUUGGAGAUGAAUCCCCCCUGGUGGUCCGCUGGCACACCCCGGAUGGAAGGAAUAAACCCGGACUUAUGUGGCUGUGUGACUUGCCGACGUCUGCUCUCAACGACCACUGGCCUCAGCACACCUUUCGGGUCCUCUGGGCUGAAGGACGGGUGCAGAAGGAAUGUGUCCUCUUCAAAGGGCACAAGGACUGCUGGAGCCAGGAUUCAGUGACGGAGGAGCAGGUGUUCAGGUGUGAGCUGUCCAUCGAGAAGUCAACUGUCCUUCAGUCUGAGCUGGAAUCCUGCAAGGAACUGCAGGCCCUGGAGCCAGAGAACAAGUGGUGCCUCCUGACCAUCAUCCUCCUCAUGAGGGCUUUGGACCCCUUGGUUUACGAACAAGAGACCCUCGGCUACUUCACAGCAUUGAAGGCGGCAGACCCCAUGCGCUCCUCGUAUCUGGACGAUCUCCGCAGCAAGUUUCUGAUUGAGAACAGCAUCCUCAAGAUGGAAUACGCCGAGGCUCGGGUGGUGGACCUGUCGCAGAAGGGCCUUACCACCCUCUGCCACCUGGAACACCUCUUGCUGGUCACGCACCUGAGCCUUUCAGACAACCUCUUACCCACCUUGCCCCCCACGCUGGCCAUGAUGCGCUGCCUGGAGGUGCUGGAGGUCGACGACAACCAGAUGGAGGGCCUGGAAGGACUGCCCCCCCUGCCCUGCCUGGAGGAGCUCUCUCUGCGCAACAACCGGAUCCAGCAAGCCUCAGCCCUCCGGAGCCUGGCCGCAUUCCCCACCUUGGCUCACCUCAACCUGCAGGGAAACCCGCUGUGCCAAACUGCGGGGAUCCAGUCGGAGCUUGCCACACUGCUGCCCAACGUGACCACCAUCCUCACUUGAUGGCCUGGUGGGGAGCCGCCGGACACCCUUAAUUUAUUGGAAAUUAAAAGCAUCCCAAUCA